ACGUCUUGACGUGUCCCGUGAUGUAAACAGAAAAUAUACAGAUUUAGUAUUCACCAAUCAGUAAUCACAUAAUAAUAAUAACAAUAAAUCAAAUUUCAAAUAGGAAAAAAGAAAUCUAAGAUUUUUGGCAUUCUUCAGUAAAUUUGUAAUCAUCAGAGUUAAUUAGGAUUCCGAAUAAGAAAUGUAUUCAUUACCAAAAAGUCCCUUCAUAUUAUUAUGUUCAAUUUUACUGACAGUCAGAGUGGUAGAAUCUUGUAAAGGAUGUGUUAACUUGGACGAGCAUAAUUUCAACAAGAUUAUAUCUAGGUUCAAAGUAGUAUUAGUAAAAUUCGAUAUGGCAUAUCCUUACGGUGAAAAACAUGACGUUUUCACGAAAUUUGCUGAAGAAAUUUCAGAUAAUAAAAAUUUGAUAGUAGGUGAAGUCGGUGUUAAAGAUUAUGGUGAAAAAGAUAAUGAGGAGCUGGCUCAAAAAUAUGCUAUUAGAUCUAAGGAAGAUUUCCCUGCUUUGAGACUAUUUGUGAAUGGUAUCACAACUAAAUCAAUAUCUUUCCCUCUAAAGGAAAAAUGGGAUGUUGAAAUGCUAAGAACUUUUGUCAAAGACAAUAGUGAUAUUUACAUAGGCCUUCCUGGAUGCUUAGAAAAAAUGGACAGAUUUGCAGAAGAAUUUAUUCAAGCAGAGGAUAAGAAUGAAAAGUAUAAGGAAAUUGAGAAAGAAACUCACAUGCUUGUUGAGAAAGAAAAAGAAACUGCUACAACAUACCUGAAGUAUAUGAAAAGAAUAUUAUCUGAUGGAAUAAAUUUCAUCAAACAGGAAACAGAAAGACUAAAAAAAUUACUUAAAGAAUCUAAAAUUCAAGAGAAGAAAAAACAAGAUCUAUCAAACAGACUGAAUAUACUUAAAAGUUUUCAUGUACUGAACAGCAAAGACGAAUUAUAGUUAUCUGGUAUAUCAUUGUAAUAAGUUGGCUAUUUCAAUAGAUAUCUUGUGAUCUGACAUUAAUAAAUAUUUGGAAGUUGUUUCAUA